AUGCCGAACUUAUCGAGCGUAGCUGGCGAUAGUACCACCCUCGAAGAUGGCCUGUACGAAUCUUCUCAGCCGUCUUCACGAGCGUCUUCACCCGAAGUGGCGCGAGUGGCGCAUCCUGCCCCCGAGGACGACUCGUUUGCGGAGCUGCCUGAAGAGCUCAACCUCUACGAGCACCCUCGCUACUGCUUUCCCGAUGGCAACAUCGUAUUCAGGGUUGAAAACAACCUCUUCGUCCUGCACCGCUACCUCUUCACUCGCAAUACGUCGUGGUUCUCCUCCAAGUUUCACGAGAUGAACGAAGCACGCCCAGAGGAGCCUGAGUGGGAGAGCAUCUCCUGCAGCGACGGGUCCGUCAUCUACGUCAACUAUCAGCUGCGCCAAACGAGGACUACGCCACCACCGAAGAAGCGCCCCGCCAUGGCGCUGGAAUACUACCAACUGAAUCACGUUACAGUACGCGAGUUUGAAGCUUUCCUAUCGGUCCUGUAUCCGAGCAACGGCGUUGACAUCGACCUCGGGUCUUUCAACGACUGGGCCGCAGUCUUGCGUUUAUCGUCAGCAUGGAAGUUUGAUGCUCUUCGCAGGCUCGCGUUGGACCAGCUGGACCCUUUGAUUGAGCCCUAUGACCGCCUCAUCCUUGCACGAAUCUACGGCUUCCAAUCAUGGGUACUUCCUGCUUUGGAAGGCCUCGUACGACGCGACCGGCCCCUCUCACGCUCAGAGAUCAACGAGAUGGAAGCCGGCGAUAUCGCCACCAUCAUGGAAGCUCGCGAGCGCUACUACCUUCCUUCCAUCCUACUACAAGCAAAGUCGCGCACACCAACGCCCGAGCUGCAGCCUCGCGCGAGUACGCCUGCUUCCGUCAGGCUACCCCGCUCUCCGAGCGACUCUCCCACUCAGUCUCGUCCCGUAUCUGCGCAAGCUUCCCAACACGUGCCCGAAUCCGAGCAGGGUGAUCUCGACGACCCUUUCCUCCCAGAUCCUCCGCGUGCCGAGUCCAUUCACUCCGAAGCCGUCGAAGAAGCCGAAGCCGUCGAAGGAUCUGAAGCCGGACUCGACUCAGAGCUCACCGCCUUUCUCGAGGAUUCGCUGGCAGGAGAUGCGCUGCCGAAAGCGUUAAACGGCUUUUUCGCCAGCUUCAGGCGCUUGAACUACAUUACCAUGACGGCGUUCCACAUCGAGGAUGGAGAUGGACUUCGUGCGGCGAGCGUCCAACUUGCGAGCGCUAUCCAGGCGACGUUGGUGGGAAUGAUCGAGUCGGAAUGCCAUUGA